AUGCCCGUCACACAGAAAAAGGUUAUUAAAGCGAAAAAGAUAAAGGAUGUAAAGGGUCAAGAAAUCUCCGAGCUUAUACCAAAGGGGGUUAAAGGCAAGGGGAAGUCCAAAGUUGCUGACCUUCCUGAGAUUGCCAAGAAGAAGCAAGCCAUUGUUGCUAAAAGGGCUCAGAAGAAAAAUCCCUUAAUACAAAAGAGGCCAAAAAACUUUGGCAUUGGUCAAUCAAUCCAACCAAGACGUGAUCUUUCUCGAUUUGUCAAGUGGCCAGUGUAUGUCAAGGUUCAAAGACAAAAGGCAAUUCUUAAGAAGCGCCUAAAGAUCCCCCCACCUAUCAACCAAUUUAACGCUGCCCUCGGACGUACUGAAGCUUCUCAAGUUCUCAGACUUUGCAACAAGUACAAGCCCAUGUCCAAGCAAGCCAAAAAGGCACAACUUACUCUUCGUGCUCAGAAACGGGCUGGUGGAGCUCCUGAUGCUCCGGUUGAAAGAAAGCCAACUCUCAAGGCCGGCAUACGGGAAGUUACUGCAGCAGUUAUGGCCAAAAAAGCUCAAUUGGUCGUCAUUGCUCAUGAUGUUGAUCCAAUUGAAAUUGUUCUCUUCCUGCCUGCGCUUUGCAGAAAGAUGAAUGUUCCUUACUGCAUCGUCAAAGGAAAGGCCCGUCUUGGACGAAUUGUUCAUCGAAAAACCUGCACUUGUGUGGCAUUCACUAAAGUCAGAGCUGAAGACAAACCGCGUCUCGCCAAAGUGGCACAAAUGGUCAAGACGAACUUCAACGAUCGGGUUGAUGAGAUUCGCAGACAUUGGGGCGGUGGCGUCAUGGGAUCCAAGUCUCAGGCACGUGUUGCCAAGAUCGAACGGCUUAAGGCCAAGGAACUAAAGCUGAAAAUGCAGUAG